UGUGGCUGUGGUAACUAGUGGAAAACUAGUUUCCGUCCUUCAUCCAACGAGUUAGCAAACUAGCAUUAGCAUCUCAAUAAUCCCUCGUUCAAUCUGAGUAAGUACACGUAUUUGUGAAUGGUUCUUGCCGGUCUUCAUUUAGACCUGUGUUAUUUCUACGCAUUUCAUUUAUCUAACAGAUUUCAAUUGUACAAUACGAGUGGAAGAAAUAUGUUAGACCUUGCACAUAAUCAGCCCGUUGAGCGUGCAGGAGGAGAAGAUGCUAGCAAGUAACGCUACUGUCAGAUUGACUGCUACAAUGCUUCCUCAAUCUGAAAUAACUAGCUAGCUAAUGUUGUGUCAAUAAAUGUUGCUAGCUAAUAGCUAUCUUGUCUUCAUUCAUUCAAAGAGUCGUUGGAGGAUUCGCCAGUGUUGGACUCCCUGGCAAUAUGACGCUCUUUCAUUUCGGGAAUUGCAUUGCCUUGGCUUAUUUUCCCUACUUUAUCACCUACAAGUGCAGUGGAUUGUAAGUAUCAGCACCUCUGAUACGUAAACCUCUGUCUUCAUGGUUGUUCUUUCCAGCUAUAUAAACUGCAUUAGAUUACUUUGUUAUUGACCCCAUACAUUUAGCUACUGAACAUGUCGUUUUUAUGAUCUGUUCACUUGCUAGCCACCCUUAUUUUAGAGGGUGAAAUGUUAAUCUACUUGGAAAUGUCUGCAGAUUGGGAGGAGGUCAGCCAAUCAUCCGCCACUAUAGGCAACCAUGUGUCUGUAUACUAGAAUGUUUUGAACAAUGUCUCUCUCUAUCCCUAUUAUAGAUCAGAAUACAAUGCAUUCUGGAGAUGUGUUCAAGCAGGAGCUACCUACCUAUUUGUGCAGCUAUGCAAGGUGAGCAUUGACGACCAAACUGUCUGUUUUCUGAAAAACAAUAAAAGUAUCAUCAUUCUGUUGAAAGAACUGAUGAUCACAUUGGGAUGCAGACUAAACACUGCUUUGAUUACUAAUAUGUAGCCUACUAGUUAAUGUGUCCUACUAGGGCGGCAGGUAGCCUAGCGGUUAGUAACCGAAAGGUCGCUGGUUUGAAUACUCAGCCGACAAAGUGAAAAUUCGGUUGAUUUGCCCUUGAGCAAGACACUUACCCCUAAUUUGCUCCAGGGGCGACGUACUACUAUGGCUGACCCUGUAAAACAACACGUUUCACUGCACCUAUCCGGUGUAUGUGACAAUACAAAAAAAUUUUUUUUGUUACUGCAUUAACAAUAUCUCUGUUCCAGAUGCUGUUUCUUGCCACAUUUUUCCCCACAUGGGAGGGAGGAGCUGGCGUGUACGACUUUGUUGGUGAGUUUAUGAAGGCCACGGUGGACCUAGCUGACCUUCUGGGCCUGCAUCUGGUCAUGUCCAGGAACGCUGGGAAGGGAGAGUACAAGAUCAUGGUGGCAGCGAUGGGAUGGGCCACAGCAGAGCUUGUUAUGUCAAGGUACGUUCUCUUUCUCUAUCUUUCUCUGUCCCCCUGCUGUUUCUCUUUCUCUCUCAUUGGGUGCAUUCCAGAUUCACAUUCAUUUCUGCCAAGGUCUGCGAAGAUUAGUCGUUCACUGCCCAAGCUCAGUAGUAUAGUUGGCAGUUUGUUUAAUUGCAAUGGUGUCUCUUGUAUUUAAUCCUCUUGCCCUGUCAUCCAGGUGUAUACCUCUAUGGGUGGGUGCCAGAGGCAUUGAGUUUGACUGGAAGUACAUACAGAUGAGCUUCGACUCCAACAUCAGCCUGGUAAUACUUAGAUAAUGAAUACUCAUCAAUAUAACAUUUCCGGUGGAGGGCUUGGAAGAGGUCUAGUUUUUAAGGAAAUUCGGUGUCAUGUCUGCUAUUUCAGGUGCACUAUAUCGCCAUGGCAGCAGUGGUGUGGAUGUUCACGCGGUACGACCUCCCGAAGAGCUUCCGUCUGCCUGUGACUGUACUCCUUGGGCUGUGUGUAUACAAGGCCUUCCUCAUGGAGUGAGUAUCACAUACUUCAACGUACCCAGGGAAGGGAACUGUGGAACUGCAUACUGAAGAAAUUGUCACCCUCACAGCACUGGUUUUGAGCUCAUCGUGCUUAUCUUUUCUGGGGAGGGGACUGAGGUUUUUCUGUACACCACUAGAGAGCAUUAUAAACACUGAUGGCUACAGUUGUGUAACGGUCGGGAUGACCAACCCCUAUUUUUCGGAAAGAAACGACAUUAUUGAAAUGGUACUGAAAACAAUGACGCCUCCAAGUUCAUGUCAUAAUCCAUCAUAAUAAUAUGACGUUAGCAACAAUCAGUUACAUAGUAGCCAACAACUGACAUAUUGGUAUAAAACAAAGCUACACAACCGUCAUAAUAAUUGUUCAUAGACACCUACUUAUUUCCUCUAACUUCUCUCAGGUUGUUUGUCCAUGUGUUCCUGCUGGGGAGCUGGACAGCCCUCCUGGUGAAGGCGGUGCUCACUGGAUCCAUCUCCCUCUGUUCCCUCUUCCUCUUCGUCACACUGGUGCACAGCAACUGAGACCGGCUGGGACCUCAAACAAAGAGGUUCUUUAACACACACACACAGGGCCUUUCUACCAGACUGCGCCUGUACAGAUGGAUUUUGUAUCUCUCAGAAAGACGGCAGUAAUAUGAGCAUUCAUGAUUUUAUACUUUUUUUAAUGUUAUGAUACUUUUUUUUAUGUACGAUUUAUUAUUGUGCUGUAAUUAGUACGGUAGAUUGAGUAUUUAUAACAAGUGGAUGCCUCUUAAGCGCUGUAGUACAGUUACUAAACUACUUUGACAUGGAAGCUGAUGGUACAAUACUUUUGUUACUCUGUGUGUGCUCAGCUGCAUUACUGCAGGUAUGAAAGAGAUUAACUUAAUCUCAUUCGACAUGAUGAAGUACAAAUGUUGGUGCACUUUGUCACAUGACUGAAGCAGCGUAAUGGCUUAUUUAUGUUGUCGUAAGAUUACAUAAAACAUGGUAGCAGUGGGUUAUCCUACUCUAUGGACAUUUUCUUAGUGAGGUGUGAGUGAAUGGACAAUAAAUGACUUAAUAUGCUACUUUUGAUUGUGCACAGUGUGCUUAUUACACAAGAUAGACAAUGUUUUAAUUAGAUUUUGUAUAGUAUUUCUACAAAAGGCAGGAGAUAGAGGUCAAAUUUGUACUCAACUUUGAGGUGUAGUUCAGGCUCCUCAUAUGAGAGCUCUAUGUAUGGUGUGGUGUUUUAGGGAGAAGAUAAUCAAAUUAACUUCACAGCUGACUUACACGCAUACUAUUACUACAAACCCCAUUAUGUACUGUGGGCCCAGUUUUGCUGGUUUCCAUGGCGACUUGGUGUCUGCACAGUAGUGGACUUGUCCUUGAAUGAUGAGUACUCAUUGUGUCCAGAUUCCCACUCAUGUUGCCUUUCCAAUCGGAAGUAUCGGCGCUCCACACCUACCACCAGAAUGCCACUUCUAAGAUAAUAGAUUUGUUCCCCUUGUAGUUAGCCUUACAAUGACCAGUCUAGUCUGUAUAUAAACCUGUUGACCAGUCUAGUCUGUAAAGAAACCUGU